AGAUCAGUUGUUCAGUGGCGGGAACUGAUUGACCCUGAGAGUAGUCAUGUUUCCCAUUGAUUGGGUGUGCACUACUGCUCGCUUGGAACCUAUAGAUUAUGUUCGAAAGCCACAGGUUAUCCUACGCUUAAUUAUUGUGAUAUUAGCAGUUGUCAAUAUUGCAAUUGUACAUAACGGCUGCUAUAUUUAUGGGAAGUGCUUGUUUAAUGAAGAUCAGGCAUCUUGUGGAUAUAGUUUGCUUCUUUCUUCGUCAACAUUUAUUCUUUGCCUCGCCUAUCUUUGGUUGGAUUUAAUAGUGGACAAUGUUUCGAGCAUUGACAUACGUUUGCGAAUCGCUAAAUUCGACGUAGUAUUGUCAGGUCAUAGACGGUUAUUUUUAUGAAACAAUUUAUACCACUCUAGUGCAAAUAAAUACUUAGUUAGUAACUACAUAAUAAUCAGUGAGUGAGUGGACAAAGUUGACGUCGCAAAAGUAAGUCUAUUUUUUAUAUACCUGGAAAAAUCUUGUUGGCUUGUAUAUCAUUUGUUUACGACCCGUUGUAUUCUCCUUUAAAGCAUAAGUGUUUCCGUAAUAUAAAUUAAGUGUCAUAUUUUAUUCAGCUGGCAUUUUCCAAGUUUUGCAGUUGGGAUCGGAGCUUUAUUAUAUGUAAACCUCAGCCUAUUAAUCCGGUGCCUUUGGAUUUUAUAGGUAUUUGGUCCUUCCUAUGGUUGAUUGCGUUUUGCUUACUUUGCAACCGCUGGCAAAAUAUAGAACAAGAUUUUCUCACUCAGAACGACGUUUCACCUAAUGGACCGCGGACUGCUAUUGCAUUCAGUUUUUUCAGCAUGGUUGUAUUAGUAAGUUUCGUUAAGCUUACUUAAACUUUUAUUGGCUGUAGGUUAGCUCAGUUGUAUCAGCUUUGAUUCGGAUGUUGACUAAUAUAGCUGUUCUAUUAUUGAGGCUCAGUUUUGACUAGAUAAUUAGCUUGUUGAUUUCUCGUCCACCUUAAAGAAAACAUGGACUAUUCGGAUUGUAUUUGUAUAUAAAUAUUAAGACGGCAGGAUGAGAUUCCGUUAACCGGAAAAUUUUGUAGUAGUGUUUCAUUAAAAGGUGUAACGAAGAAAAACAUAAACCUUUUGAAUGCUGUACUUUGUAUGCUAGUAGUUGGAUUACAGCUUAUGGCAAAGUGUCAUCAAACUUGUGAACCUCAAGUCAGGAUUGCACAAUAACCCAAUUCUCUCGUAAAAGUCCUCCUAGGAAUCUCAUUUUACUCGUCUGACUUUUUUGAAGUAGAUCUAAGGAGGGAGUCGAUGAUGUAGUUAGAAUACGCAGAUAAGCCAGCCGUGUUUAGUGAAGACGACAAAAUAUAUCCUGAUUGUCUUGAACUACAAUGCAAACGUGUUUAACAUGUAUUUCACAUCCUCGAAAUACAAAAUUUUGCUUUAAUACCAAUCUGCAUUGCUGCCUAAAUUGUUAAUAGGAAUUGAAGUACCUGAAUACGUUCACUACUUGGUUUGAAAGUCCCGUCUGCCCUAGUGUAUUUUUGGUAUCUGAUGAAACCUUGAUAUAGAUUCAGAGAUCUCACUCGGCUUUUGCAAACGUACGUUACUUGUGAUGUAUGCUAGAUAUCCGUUUACCAACCAAAAGACAAGUAUACUCCACAGCAGUCAGCUCUGUUUUACUGUGUGACCAUGUUUCGUGUGUUUUUGAUGAUUUGUUAAAUUUUCCUAUUGUUAAAAUCAAUGGAUAGAAUGCUAGUCGAUAGACGAAUACAAUGAUAUAUGGUUUAGUAAUGAAUUCUCACUUGAACAAAUGGUUGAUUUGAGAUUCUAAAUGAUGUGAAAUUAAAACCACGACCACUAGUCAGAUGAAUGGGUUUUCUCGCGUACACCAAAUAAACAUGAUAUAACUUCAUAGGCAAUUAGAAGGAAUUAUCUUGUAGGUCAUUCAGUAUUUAUUAUUAUUUUAUUAUUUAAACACAUAAACAUUGGUACAAGGAGGCACCAAAUACAUGCGCCACAUAAAUCAUUCGAUUUGUGUGAGGGCUGGGAUACUGUACAGAUGCCCAAACCGAAGUGGGUGGUUUCCUUAAUAGGUCACGCCCGCAGCUUUUGACCUAAAGGGCUGAUCCAUAAAUGAGUGGAGCAACGUCAGGAGAUGCAGUCCCAUGGUAGUCGGUGACCAGCGACUGGUUCAUACGCCAUUUGUUCAUUCAGGAUACUGGAGCCCAUGUGCACCAUUCUUCAGUCAAUUAAUACCUGUCUGUUAGACCUACUUUUCAGAUUUCGCAUCACAUACUAUAAGACGUGGAGUUUAAGAAGAGAACGUAUUCGUAAGUUACUAGUAUUUGGUCACAAAUCCCUUCUAAAUGUGUAUGUUGUAACUACUGGACGAACAGUGCUGAUGUUAGGCUCAGGGUACUUUAUAUGUAUGAAGAAUUGGUACAUAUAUCAACUGAGACUGUUGGAACGUAUACUACAUAUGGUCACCCACCGUCUACCUCGACACGCGAUGGCUGUUGUAGGAGUAGGUUGGAAGAAGACUAUGUCAGCCAAACUAAAAUAUGGAAUCAGUUCGUGAAGUCAUUGACUGUUUAACGAAGUCAUGUACGUAUGUAUGGACUGUUUAGUUGAGGUCCUCGCGAUUAUCUUAACUAAUGGUUAGACUUUGGGUAACAUGAUUUGGAAUCGUUCAUAAUAACAGGUGCAUUCACUCCAUAUCUUUCUUGGAAUGCUAAGUUUCCUGUCCAUCUUAAAAAAUUUUCCACCAAUUCAUAUUUUCUCAAAUUACAUAACUUACAGCUAAGAUUUUCUACUACCACGUAUACUGUUGCUAUUGAUACUAUGGCUGUCGCAUAUACUGCAGCGUCUAUGCUGCUCAUAACAAACAGAUAAUCAUUUAUGAGAGGCAAAACAUCUUAGUCAUUCUAUAGUUGCUUCAAAUAUUUUUUGUUAAAUUCAAUUAAACCUAAAACGUUUGGAAUUUCACCAUAUUCAUGCUAACUUUUUGUUGAAAUAUGUGAAAAAAUUAUAAACCAGCUGUGUGGUGCUUUUGUGACUAAUUUUAUCGGGGAAAAGUGAUAACUAUGUUCACUGAAUAACACUAAGUUUGUGACUAGUUGUUAUAACUACUCUUUAGCCUCUAAUUGCUGGCUAAACUUAUUUUAAUAAGUUCUUGGAAUUUAUGUAUAUUGGUCACCACCCAUCCCAAUUCAAAUGGUGAACUUGUCAUCAGCAAUUUCGGACCUUUAACACGAUCUGGCGUGUAGCGUUCAAACUUUUGAUGAGUAUAUUACUUUAGAUUUGUUGAAUAGCAUUUCUAAAAACUAACCAAUUCGUAAUGCAGCCCAAGCCAUCACAUAAUUUCAGUACAUUCCGUAAAUCAAGGCGAAUCCGAAUUCAUUUUGUUUUAUUCACCCAUACUUUUCCAAAUGUGAUAGUGAAGUGUAGGCUGAUAACGUGCCGUCUGUUCAGCUUAGUACAUUCCUGGAUUUUUUAAUGAGUUAGACAUUCAUUUUCAUAAAGGAUUUUGCACUACAUAAAUCAAAUGACUCCACUUACAAAAUACAACAAAGUAAACAGCUAACGUGUUUGUUGUUUCUGCUUUCUCCAGUGCUUUUGUCGCGUACUCUUUACAGCUACUCUUCUUUUUCCGAACUACCUGCAGGCUUUGUACAUAGUUGAGCGAGAUUAAUUUGAGUUACUUAUGAGACGUUAAUCUUAUGUUAUGGCCUCUUACCACGUUUCUACAUCGAACUCGGUUCUGGGCAAUCCUUUCCAGUUGUUUCCACUCACUUCCCUCUUUUGAUUUGUGCAUCCAAUUCCGACGCAGUGUGUUUCCCGAUCUUCCUCUUUUCCGUUUCGCCUAAGGAUUCCAAGUUCACUUCAUCAUAGACCUACUGAUGGAAAUAAUGUUCUCAUGGACUGAAUUCUCGGGCAUUUAUCUCCUUUUAAGAGGUCCACCUAUCGACUUAGAAUACGCAGAUGACAUAGUCCUGUUUGGUGAAGACGCUGAUAAAGUGCAGUCUUCUGGUAGCACCUAGCAACAAUGCCAGAAUGUUUGAAAUGCGUUUCUCUCCCUCUAAAUGCAAGUUGUUGCUUCACGACUGGUCUGCGUCAACACCUGAACUAAGGAUAGGGAGUGAAGUGGUCGAACACGUCGACAACUUCACUUAUCUUGGAAGUGUGAUCAGCCCCAAUGCGUUAGUGUCUGGAGAAAUCUCAGCACGGAUUCAGAAAGCUCUUUUGGCUUUCGCAAACUUACGCCACCUAUGGGGUUGGCGAAAUAUCCAUCUAUCAGUUAAGGGACGAGUAUACUACGCAGCAGUUCGUUCUGUUUUACUUUGUGGCUGCGAAACGUGACUAUUAAGAGUAGAAGAUACUCGUAAGUUACUAGUAUUUGACCACAGAUGCCUUAGAAAUAUUGCCAGCAUCUGUUGGGAUCACCGGUUAAGUAAUAGUGAGGUUAUAUGCAGGAUAUUAGUGAAUGAUUAUAAAUCAGUUAAUGAGGUUGUGAAUCUUCAUUGACUGGGAUGGUUGGGCCACGUAGUACACAUGCCCAACCACCGACUACCACGACGCGAAAUGCUGACUAGGGUUGGAGACAGAUGGAAGGUUAGGGGCGGCCAAACCAAAACAUGGCAUCAGUCCAUAGAAUCACUAACUUCUAGGUUGAGUCAUGUUGGUAGAUACAGACUACUUGGUUGGUGUCUGCGUGACUAUCGUAACCAAUGGUUGGAGACUCUGGGUAACAUGGCUCAGAAUCGUAGCAUCGCAAUCACCAUUAAAGUAACUGCUUCCAUGUAUUAGGUGUUCAUCUUGUUGUGCUAAUGAGGUGUGGCAACUUGGACCGAUGCAUAUAUGGGCCUGGUUUUACUUAGUAGCUGACUGACUGAUUCCAAGUUAUCGCUUGCCUCGUGAUGUAGUUUGAUGAUUACCUCAGUGCACAUCCUAUCCACUUCCAACAUCUUUUCCUAAUUUCCUCUUGAGCUGGAAGUUGGUUCGUCCUCUCCCACAAUGGGCUGUUGUUGGUGGUAUCCGGUCAACGGAUAUUCAGUAUCUUACGUAGACAAUUGUUUAUAAAUAAUUGUACCAUCUUGAUGAUGGUUGUAUCAGUUCUCCAAGUUUCAGCUUCGUACAGUAGAACUGUCUUGACCUUCGUACUGAAGAUUCUGAGUUUGACAUUGGUUGCCAGUUGUUUCGAGUUCCAUGUGUUCUUCAGUCGUGGGAAUGCUCCGCUUGCUUUACCAAUCCAUGCUUUCAUAUCUGCAUCAGAUCCCCCUUGUUUAUCUAUAACGCUCCCAGGUAUGUUAAAAGUUUCCACUUCUUCCAGAGCAUCUCCAUCAAUUGUGGUUUGGCUGGUGCUCGCUGUGUUAUAUUUCAGUAUCCUCUUGCCUUGUGGAUGUUGAGACUUAUUGCUCCAGAGGCUGCUGCAACACUGUUUGUCUUCACAUGCAUUUGAUUCUGUGUACAGGGUAGAAUAUUUAAGUGAUCCAAGAAGCCUUGAUUGUGUAGUUGCGUCCGAGGUCUCCGUGCUUCUCUUGAGAUGUGAAGGUUUUCACAAUCCAGUCAACUACCAGAAGAAAGAGGAAAGGCGAGUGUAAGCAGUGUUGUCUGACACCAGUCUUCACGUACAAUGAAUCUGUGAGUUAUCCUUCAUGCACCACAUUGUAGUGUCGUCCGUCGUAAGAAUUUCGUAUGAUGGUGACGAUCUUGUCAAGUACACCAUAGUGUUGAAGAGGGUCGCAUAACGGUUUACUAUCGGCGCUGUCAGACGCUUCCUGGUAGUCAAUGAAGUUGUGUAGUGACGAUAAGUUCAAUUCGAUUGUUCGUUCAUCAAUGAUCCAUGGAGUCGCGAUUUCAACAGUGCACAACAAAUCCCUACGGGAUCCAGCCUGUUGAUCUCGAUGCUGUGUAUCUACUGAAUCCUUCAUCCUGUUCGGCAACACUCUGCUGAAAACUUUUCCUGGUACUAACAGUGUUAAGUUCCCUCUGUCGUUUUCACAUUUGCUCAGAUCCCCUUUCUUUUGUAUCUUGAUGACAUAUCCUUAUUUCCAGUCUGUCGGUCUUCGUUGAGCUUUUCAGUAUCUAAAAGAAAGGCUGUAUUAAACCAUUGUAAUUCUGUUUAUCCAGUUGUCCAGUGCUUCUUUAGGUUCACUCUUAUCUUGGCAAACAUCAGGUGGUGACAUGUAGCUAUAUUAACUCCCGUCUUGAUUCUCACGUCUUCUAUGUACCUUCUGAAUUCGUUAGUUAUGCAAUUAUGCUUGAUCUGGUUCUCUGUACUAUGAGACCCAUGUAGCUUUAUUUAUGCGUCUGUGGCGGAAUUAAUGUCAAUUAUAACUGUUUUGUUGGAUGUACAUUUGUUUUCAGAUCUCACCAUUCUCGUUGCUUUUUCCCAGUCCAUGUCGUCCCAUGAUAUCUUCAUACUUGGUUUUGUCCAUUCCGACUUUGGCGUUUAGGUCUCCUGGACACUCCUCUACGAUCGACUACAGCCUCUCAUACAACUGGUCUUUAUCGUUGUUACGUUCUUCAUCUGUCUAUCCAAUAAUAUACAAAAGAGAACUUGUCUCGACCUAGAUUAAGACCUUGACACUAAGCUAACUGGUUUAACCUUAAGGCUGAAAUGUGUGAGUUCAAAUUAAGAUUAACUGAUUUAGGUAGAGAGACAAAAACUAUUUUAUAACUUGAUUGGUCGACAAGCAGGAGGAAGAGACGACGAGUCAACUGGAACACUACUCGAUUUAUUCUAGAUUAUGAUUCUCAAUUCAGAUUAGUAUAAAAAGAUACAUGAAUAAAUAGAUGACUAACAUGACUACAGCGCACAAACAAUUAGAAAAACAUAAAUAUGUCCAAACUGGGCAUUAGGUUAGAAAAGUAGCGUACCAAAGACAACGUUUAAAUUACAGUAGCUCUGGACCAGAAAAGGGUAUAGCAGUGAAUUGUACAUCAAACGAAAGGUUACGGUUGAUAGAACAAAUUUGGGACAAAACUAAAUGUUGAUGCUUUGCAAGGUUUGGAUUAAAUGAAAUAACGUCCCCCAAAAAUAGAUUUCGUUGUUUAUCAUGACUUGUUUGUUUCUCUGUUCACAUCAAUUGUUUUCAUUCCUAUCAUUGGUGGGUACACAGCACUGUAUAUUAAUCAUUGUGAUCCUCUCCUUUGUUUUGAAGGACUGUAUCUUGAUGAUAAUUCUGGGUGUAUGAGAUUCCCAUCCUACAAAUGCUUUUCGUGCUUCUUUUGACAGCUUCAGAGCAAUUUUUUGCAUGUGCGGAGCGUCCUCUUCGUAACCAGAAUAUAUCAGCAUCUCUUCCGAAGCUAAUCUUUUCUGUCCAGCUUGAGUCCAUUAGGUUUCACUUAUCCUGAGCACCGUCAAGUUACAUCCUCAUUUCCGUAGCUAUUUGACUGGUCCUCGCACAUUUCCGGACAUUCCAUGUACUUAUAUUAAUUCUUGCUCUCUGGUUGUUAGAAGGAGAAUCGGCAUCGUAACUCUCAAGAAAUCUGGGCUUUCAAAGUUGUAUUCUACGGGAUGAGGUUGCUGACCCCAUGUCUAACCCUCCUUUACCCGGGUCGAGAUCGGCAGUUGCCCUAGUAGAGCUACAUGCAGAGUUAGGUAUCAAAUUGGUCCGCCUGAAAUUCUAAUUACUAAUAAAGUCAGCUACAAAGCCGUGUCAUCGUGCUAACAGGCAUGCUAAUAAUGACGAUACUGAUAAUAAAUGUCUAUUUUAUAUUUGAUUGUAAAUUCUUCAUCUUAUCCAGUCUCCAGAUGUUCAAGCCAUUGUCCUCCACUUUUGCUCUUCUGUUUGUUAUUGUUGGCUUAGCAUUGGGCUUAGUAUAUUCCUAGUAAAUUAGACAUUCAUUUUCAUAAUGGAUUCUGCGCUUUAGACCUAGCAUUUUUCAAAAAAGCCAUCUCUUGUAGUAUGAAAACUAAUCUAGUGAUUCAUCAUUUUGUUAUGUAAUUGAUUUUUAAGAUGCUAAAAGACACCGGAUUGUAAAUGUAGGAUGCAUUGUAUAUGUGGAACUUCUUCCCACAUAUAACAACAGGGGUACUUCCUUUUAGCUUAAGAAGUGGUGAUUCUGAAAUUACAUUACGAAGGUUCAAAUAAACUAUUUCAACACAAAAUAAGGCACCAUAAGGCGGAAACAUCACGAUGAACAGUCCAUUUUGGUACAGAGAGAUCGGAUUGAUCUUUUUAUACGUUCUUUUCGUCAUGGCUUUUGAUCUGAAACCAAUCUUUCCAGCUAUUUUGUCACCGUUAAAACCAAGUCUUGGAAGGGCUGGCUUUUUCUUAACAGUGAUGUUUUCCAUGGCUCUGAACAUAAUGAAGAGCGGAGUCAGCUUAAGCGCAAGCUGAUAAGAAGUUUACGCAAUCAUCGUGAACAGUGGUGGGUGGCGAAAGCAAGAGAGAUGAAAAAGGCAAUAGGUAAUAACAGACAAUUGUUCAGACUUGUUAAUGAAACCGGUAUUAGGAAUCCAACUGUUAGCAAAACAAUUUCAGAGAAAGAUGGACAUAUUAUUCAUUCUCAAUCCAGGAGAUUGGAUCGAUGGGCAGAACACUUUAGGGAUCAAUUCAACUGGCCUUCAGCCACACUUCGAUUUCCCACGAUCUCCAGUCAACCUGAAUAGCAAGUUAAUUUAGGUCCUCCGCCUCUUUACGAAG